GCAGUUCUGUCCAACCAGAAGCAAAGCCUCAAAAGGGCACAGGAAAAGAGGUUGGGUAAAGCUAGAGAGUGCUUUAGUUUAAACUCGUCAUUAAACAUCACAAAAACAUGGCUUCUAAACCAGGCAUUCUAACAGAAUGGCCAUGGACAUGGCUUGGGAACUUCAAGUACGUGGUUUUGGCACCAUAUGUGACUCACAGCUUAAACUCAUUCUUCAUGAGCGAAGAUGAAAGCAAGAGGGAUAUGACAUACUUAAUUAUAUUCCCAUUUCUACUCUUCCGAAUGCUUCACAAUCAGAUAUGGAUAUCCGUAUCUCGCUACAGAACUGCCAAGGGCGAUAACCGAAUUGUUGACAAGACCAUUGAAUUUGAUCAAAUUGACAGAGAAAGAAACUGGGAUGAUCAAAUCAUACUUAACGGAUUGUUGUUCUAUUACGGAUACACAAAGCUGGAGCAGUCUCAUCACAUGCCUAUUUGGAGGACGGAUGGGAUCAUUAUGACAGCUUUGCUCCAUAUUGGUCCAGUUGAAUUUCUCUACUACUGGCUUCACAGAGCUUUACACCACCAUUACCUUUAUUCUCGAUAUCAUUCUCAUCAUCAUUCCUCCGUUGCGACUGAACCCAUUACUUCUGUGAUUCAUCCAUUUGCAGAGCAUAUAGCAUACUUCUUGCUAUUUGCCAUACCACUUCUCACAACUGUGCUAACUGGGACUGCUUCAAUAGUUUCAUUUGGUGGAUAUAUUACUUAUAUUGAUUUUAUGAACAACAUGGGCCAUUGCAACUUUGAGAUAAUUCCAAAAUGGAUGUUCUCCAGCUUCCCCCCUCUCAAAUACUUGAUGUAUACACCCUCAAUUGGCUUCCAAGAAGAGUGAUGAGCGCGUGGCGAGUAGCUGGAAUAUUGCACGCGCUGGAAGGCUGGAAUGAGCAUGAGUGUGGGAACAUGAUGUUUGAUAUUGAGAAAGUCUGGAAAGCAAGUCUUGAUCACGGUUUUAGCCCAUUGACUACGGCUUCUGCUUCUGAAUCCAAGGCUUGAGUUAGACAUUUGUGUUGUAAUUUCUAGCUUGAGUGUGGUGGCAUAUGAGCUUAUAAUUAAAAUGCAUACUAUAUAAAGUAUCAACUUGAUGUCAAAUCUUGUUGUUCCUAUUGUGUAAGACCUUUUUCAGGGUUUUUAUUUUUAUUUUUUAAAUUAUCAAUUUCGUUCUCCGGAUCGGACGUAGGAGUACUGUAUUACGUGAUCUAUUACAUAUAUAAGAUCAAUCUUUCAAAGAAAUAUAAAGAAAUGAGUGGUUGAUGAAA